AUGCGUUGCACAGCAUCAUGGACGCUGGCCGCACUGCUCUGUUCAGCAAGUGCACGCUUUGUGAUGUACGCAGAUGAAUGGCAUCCAAUUCGUCCAACCAACGCUCAAGAUCGUGCUGGCAUUGACCAUGUUGUUCUCGCCUUCGCCUCCGCGAACAAUACCGCGGGAUACGCGCCUAAGGUGCCGAUCUCGACCAUCCGCUCAGAAUUCCCCAAUGCAAAGGUCAUGAUCGCUGUCGGUGGAUGGGGCGAUGACAUCGGUUUCAACACUGUCUCCAACUCUGAGACCAGUAUGCAGAAAUUUGCGAGCGAUAUCAACACCAUGCUCGCAAACACUGGAGCUGACGGCGUGGAUAUCGAUUGGGAAUAUCCAGGUGGCAAUGGCGCUGACUACAAGCAAGUCUCGAAUUCGGCCAAGUCGUACCAGAUCGAUGCAUUUCCCAAACUUCUUGCGGCGACUCGAACUGCCAUCGGCCCCAACAAACUUCUCUCAAUUGCUGUACCUGGCAAGAAAGGCGACAUGCUGGCCUUUACCUCAAAAACAGGCCUCAAGAUCUGGCCCUCAGUCGACUAUAUCAACGUCAUGUCCUACGAUCUAAUGAACCGCCGUGACAACGUAACACACCACCACACUUCCGUUGCCGGCUCCGAAGAAGCGAUCAAGAAUUACCUUGACAUCGGCGCGCCAGCAUCCAAAAUCAAUCUCGGCUUCGCUUACUACGCCAAGUACUUCACCACCGCUGGCGACUGCUCUGCCUCUCCUCUUGAUUGCCCCAUCGUUCUCGCCGAAGACCCCGUCACAGGCAAAGACCUGCUCAUCAGCGGAGCCUGGACAUUCGAGAAACAGCACAUGGCGCCCGUGGACGCGAGCAGUCUGACAGUGAGCUACGACGGCACAUGUGGCCCAGACAAGGGAACAAGAUGCGCAUCAGGCUGUUGCAGUCAAUACGGCAACUGCGGUACGUCUCCCGAGCACUGCUCCGGCGCAUGCCAGCAUGCCUUUGGGACAGGAUGUACCGACACCGACGUCGCUGGCUCGUGGCAGAACGCUGCGAAGAACGGCGUCACCGACGAGCAGGCUGGUGGACAGUACUACUUCGACCCUGCUAACCGCCUCUUUUGGACCUGGGACACGCCUGAGCUUAUAUCGAGGAAGUUUGAUGAUAUUGUGAGAAAGUAUGGCCUUGGUGGUGUUAUGGCGUGGAGUCUCGGCGAGGAUAGCAAUGACUGGAGUCAUGUGAAGCGGAUGGCGGAUGAACUGAAGAAGUCUUCGUCUGAGCCUUCACCAACAACGUACAAGCCAAACCCUGCGCCAGCACCGACUUACGGCCCCUCCCCUCCCGCGCCGACAUAUCCCACACCUAACUAUGAGAACAACGAUUACCACAAACUCCCCGGCAACCCAACACUCGAAUCCGACCCCAGUCUGCCAUACGACGUCGUCUGGGUCGACGGCACGUCCGACGGUCCUGCGGGCGAUUACUCGGCUGAACCAGGUUCGCCGGAGGAUCACACGGUGGUGUGGGUUGAUGGGGAUGGGAAGACUGAGGAGCCGGCUGCUGUUGCUGCUCCUGCUCCCGCCCCGAUCCCUGCUGCGCCUGCAGAGCAGCCGCAGUAUGACGAUGGGUCUUGGAGUCCGGAGAAGAAUACGACGCUACCCAGCGCUCCAAUGCAAUACACCUGCCAAUUCCGCCAGCACGCUAAAAAAAAGCCCAAAGCCGACGUACGUCCCAACCCGCUACCCCAACCCUAA